CGUCUUCCUUUACGAAAAGAAGUAUUUCUUUAUUUAAUCGGAUAAAACUGAACCACAAUAAAGAACUCUCUCCGUCGUCGAAGAAUCUCUUUCACCGAUCUCGAAUCGAAUACGGAAAUGCUGGUAAUUGAACCGGCAACCGCCUUCCGUAUCCCCGCCGGCCGCUUUGCUCGUGAUUGCCGCCUCAUCUCUCACUCCCGCAGCUUCUUCAUUCCUUGCAACAAGAUUACGAGAAGGAAAUAUUUGACGAAGAACAGAAUCAGGGCUUCGGCGGAGGAGCUGUCCGGUCCGGUGAAACAAGCGAAGCCACAGCGGUAUCACCCAUCUGAGGACAUUUCGGAUUCUGAAGAAUCGGAUGAGAAUGGGGACGCUAUACUUGGACCUGCUGAAACUAGCAGGACUGUUAUUGAGGUAAACAGCAAAGCAAUGCUUAUGUUCUCGGGUCUGGUAAGUAAUGGGGUCCAUGAGAAUAUCUUCUGGCCAGAUUUGCCUUAUGUUACCGAUGAACAUGGAAGUAUAUAUUUCCAAGUGAAAAAUGACGAAGACAUUCUUCAAACUCUUACUUCCGAGGAUGUCCUUGUGCAAGUCAUAAUAGGCUUAGAUACAACUGAAAUGGUGAGUGAGAUGGAGUUGAUAGGUCAAGCAGAGUCUGAUUUUGAUAUGGAAGAAAUUGAGGAUGAAGAUAGUGGGACUGAUGAUGACGAUGACAACGAUGAUGAUGAUGAAGAUGACGAGAGUGGCGGCUAUGAAAAUGAAUGGGUUUCACUUCUAGAAGAUGAGGAGGAUGAUGAUGAUUCUGAUGGAUCUCUCGGCGACUGGGCAAAGUUGGAGACCAUGCGUUCUUCCCAUCCAAUGCAUUUUGCUAAACAGUUGGCAGAGUUUGUAUCAGAUGAUCCGGUGAACUACAUGGAGCAGCCUCCUGCUGGUCUUGCUAUUCAAGGCCUUCUUAGACCUGCCUUUGUUGAAGAAAAUCCUGUCAUAAGUAAACAUAUGCUUGACAAUGGCCAUAGGGAUGUAUCAGGGCCAUCUAAUGAUGAAGAAGCAAAUCAGUUUUCUGAAGGCAAAGAAGAAGAUAUCGGUGUUAUCAAUGGCCAUAGGGAUGUAUCAGGGCCAUCACAAGAUGCUCCAGAUGCAGAAGAGGAAUUGCAGAAAGAUCAAAUCUCUGGAAAUGGGACUUCUUAUUAUAAGCUAGACAUGAUAAAAAUUCAUUUGAUCUCAGCACAUGGAAAUCAGACUGUUGUUGAAGUUGAGGAUUUUAGAAAGGCUCGGCCUGAUGCUAUUGCACAUUCGGCUGCCAAAAUCAUAUCUCGUCUCAAAUCUGGUGGAGAAAAGACAACACAAGCCCUUAAAUCGUUAUGUUGGAGAUGCAAGGGACUUCAAGUAGAGGAGGUAGCUGUUAUUGGCGUGGACAGCCUUGGAUUCGAUGUAAGAGUGUGUUCUGGAAGACAAGUCCAAACAUUGCGAUUUGCAUUUAAAAAGAGGGCCUCUUCGGAAUACAGUGCUGAGAGACAGUUGAAUUACGUACUCUUUCCAAGAAUCCCAGGCAAACAACAGAAGCAGAAAGAAGCCCAUCAAACAGAACUCUAAUGGCGCAGAAAUAACAAAUUUGUAGGCAAAACCUUUGUGCUCGUUAUGUACAUAGCAGGCCAUUUUUGCUGCUCAAUUCAUCAUUCUUUAUAAUCUUAAUUCUAUAUAUUGUAAGUUGUAAACUUAACAAUCAUGUAAUCCAUCCUUUCAAAGUUCCCUCCAUGUGUUC